AUGGGCUCUAUUCUCCUGGGGAAGAAGGAGAAAUAUAAUUUCGGUCUGUAUGAUAGUAUCUAUUCUACUGUUCUCAAUGGCUGGAGCAACUUAACAGUAUCAGUGAAUGCUAAGAGCAGAACAAUGGAUGGAAAAGUGGUACUAUGCUUCAUUAGGCGAGCUGCAGUAUCAAGUGCUGCAUCUACUGUGAGACCAGCUGGUGGUGUGGGGGUGAUUGUGGCUCAGGAUCCAGGUGAUGCCCUUGGGCCAGGCAGCGAUGACUUUUCCUGCAUUGCAGUAAACUAUGAGCUUGGCACCCAGAAACUGCUCUACAUCUGUUCUAGCAAAUCUCUCUCGGUGAAAACAAGCCUCUCUAGAACACUUGUAGGGAAUCCUGUGGCGACCAGGGUUGUAUACUUCUCAUCUAGAGGAGUUUCUCCAGCCAUUUUGAAGACAGAUAUAGCUGCAAUUCGAGCAAGUAUGCCACAACCUGCGGUAGUGACCAUGGAUAAGUAUGUCACAACCUGUGGUGGUGAUCGUGUGGACCAAUUGGAGGAAUAG